CAUCAACCUAGAGAAGAAGAAGAAGCCUUCGCACAUGCGCAGUGUUUGAAUCAAUCUCGUUGGUGAAGAUGGCAGCGCCCAUAGACCUCGAGCUAAAGAAGGCAUUUACGGAGCUCCAGGUGAAGAUGAUUGACACCCAGCAGAAGGUGAAACUGGCCGACCUUCAGAUCGAUCAGCUGACCCGGGUUCAGAAACACGCCAAGCUGACCCACGCUGAAAUCACAACGCUACCGGACAACACCAGGCUCUACGAAGGGGUCGGACGCAUGUUCAUCCUUCAGUCCAAGGAAGAGAUCAACAAUCAGCUGAUGGACAAACAGAAAACAGCUGACGAGAAGAUCAAAGAACUGGAGCAGAAGAAGGUGUACCUCGAACGCAGCGUAAAGGAAGCAGAAGACAACAUCAGAGAGAUGCUGCUGUCCAGGAGAGCCCAGUGAUACGCAACAAACACACACUUACAAUACACACUAUUAACACACACCUAAAAUACACACCUUCAAAACCCACUAUUUAAACACACCUGCAUUUCACACUAUUGAGGCACGGAUCUGAAAUACACAACUAUAAAACAUCCAGUCAUGCACCAUCAUCAACUGUAUUUAUAUCUGUUUGUUCUUAUUAAAAUGUGGAAGCUUCA